CGGUGGUGGCCGGGAUCCUGGCGGAGUUAGCGGCCGGCUCACUGAGGGAGAAGACGGGGCUGGCGAUGGCGGGAGGCGGCAGGAGCUGCGCGAGCCCCGGCGCCCGAAGCAGGGUAUGAUGGGGCGUUUGGGGUGUUAGAGGACUCUCGUCCUGUCCCCGGCCCGGUAUGGCUGGCCUCAUCAAGAAGCAGAUUCUGAAGCACCUGUCCAGGUUUACAAAGAACCUCUCCCCUGAUAAAAUAAACUUGAGUACUCUCAAAGGGCAGGGACAACUGACGAAUCUUGAACUGGAUGAAGAAGUUCUGCAGAAUGUACUGGAAUUGCCUACCUGGCUAGCCAUCACUCGGGUUUUUUGUAACAAGGCUUCCAUCAGGAUUCAGUGGACAAAGUUGAAGACUCACCCAAUCUGUCUGUAUUUAGAUAAAGUUGAAGUGGAAAUGCAAACAUGUGAAGAGCCCCGGCCACCCAAUGGGCAGUCUCCCAUUGCACUCGCUUCAGGACAAAGUGAAUAUGGCUUUGCCGAGAAGGUAGUGGAGGGUAUGUUUAUUGUUGUCAAUUCCAUUACCAUCAAGAUCCACUCCAAGGCCUUUCAUGCUUCUUUUGAGCUGUGGCAACUUCAAGGAUACAGUGUGAACCCUAACUGGCAGCAAAGUGACCUGCGCUUUACCCGUAUCACUGAUUCACAUAGAGGAGAGGUUUUAACCUUUAAAGAACUCACCUGGCAAACUCUUCGGAUAGAAGCUGAUGCUACAGAAAAUGGAGAUCAAGAACCUGUAACUACCCCACUAAGACUUAUUACCAACCAAGGCAGAAUCCAAAUAUCUCUUAAGAGAAAAACAAAGGAUUGCAAUGUGGUAGCAUCCAAACUCAUGUUCCUCCUUGACGAUUUGCUGUGGGUACUGACCGACUCCCAGCUGAAGGCAAUGAUGAAAUAUGCAGAGUCCUUGAGUGAAGCCAUGGAGAAGUCAGCUCAGCAGAGGAAAAGUCUGGCCCCUGAACCUGUCCAGAUCACACCUCCUGCUCCAAGUGCUCAACAGUCCUGGUCCCAGUCAUUUGGGAGCAGCCACAAAGCAAUCAGCCAGUACUUUGAGAAACAUGACAUGAAAGAGUCUUCCUAUCACCUUUUCAUUUCCCGUCUAGACCUUCACAUCUGUGAUGACAGUCACACUAGAGAGACAGGUGCUUCCAAACAUGGAAUAAUUGGAGGUGCAAUGCAACUCACAUUUAGGAGGAUGGCUUUUGACUAUUACCCUUUCCACUGGGCAGGAGACAGCUGUAAACACUGGGUGCGGUACUGUGGUGCCAUGGAGACCAGAGAGCAGUGGGCAAAAAACCUGGUAGAUGAAUUCCAAAACAAGAUGGAAAAACAUAACGACGUAAACUCCGCCUUCCCCAAAACUGCAGGAAGGGACUCUCCCUUCAAAAAGAGAUCAGAUUCAUUUUCCAGUACUCCAAAAACCUCUCCAGAGAAGGGGAUAUCUCAGGCAAGUUCGCCACCUCUUACCCUGUUUGGACUCCAGCGGCCUAUAUGGAGAAGACUCCGAUCAAGUUGUCUGGUUCUCCGAGUUGAUGACUUGGAUAUUCAUCAGGUUUCUACAGCAGGACAGAAUAGUAAGAAACCCUCGACACUGCUUUCAUGUAGAAGGAAAUUGCUGAACCUUCCUGACCAAACCUCAGCUGUUCAUAUAGAGUUCACUGAGUACUACUUGCCAGACAACCCAAAUUUUCCAGUCCCAUGUCCAAACUUGUACCUGCAGCUGAAUGGUUUGAUUUUCACUUUGGACACAAUGAGUGUGCUUUGGGUGAAUUUGUUCUGCCUUGAUCUCUAUCGCAGCCUACAGCAAUUCAAAGCUAUAUACAAGCUGGACAAUUCUGGCAAGCAAGAUGAGCAUAUUGAUGUCAGACUGGAUGGCUUUAUGCUCAAGCUAAAUAUCCCAGUAGAGAAGAAAGUUAUUGAUCACCAGGAUCGUCCCCAGGGUCUUUCGAUUCGCACAUCAGAGAUGACAGCUACCAACACAAGGCAUGCUCCUCACUGCAGCUGUUUAGCUCUCCAGAAUCUGUUCCGUAGGUUUGCUGCUUCAGAAUUCUUCCACUCUAGCUACACCCAGUUUCCUAAAUUUCAGGACAACUUCAGCCUCCUUCAUACUCUCUUCUUACGUCAUGCAUAUCAAGUAGACACAAAAGCCCCCAAACAUACAGAUUGUCGCCAUAGUAAGUCGUCAUCUUUUGAAGACCUUUGGUCUUUUAACUUCUCCCAUAUCUCCUUGGACUUUGAGGGGACCAAAAGCUCAAAAGGGAAACCCCUGAACUUUAUCUACCCAUUCCCACUUAGUGUGUGGGCUUGCCUCCCAAAGAGAUGGGAGGAAGCUCAGACAUCAAUGUUGCAAGUCUCGUCAUCACAGUUUAAAAUCAAGUCUUCUGCUAGCUUUAGUAACCAUGCCAAACAUCAGGACCUUUGCGGAGAGGAGCAGUUCUGCCAAAGAUCAAAAACUGAACAGGAUUUGAAAAGCAUCUACCUCACCCCAGAGGCAAAGGAAGUCUUGGAAGGAGGCCAUGGUAGCAUUAACGGUGAAGAAAAUGAUGAAGAUGUAGAACUAUCUGCUGAUAUUCAUGUUCUUCUGUAUUCAAGUGCACAUGUGAAGGUGCGGCUCAACCACUAUCAGUAUUUAAUGCUACUUCGGAUGAAGGAGGUCUUGCAGACUUUUCAAGAACAAUUGACCCAAGACACUCAGGAAAUGAUUGGAUCACCUCUAGAUUCUCUAACCACUUGCAUGGGCAUCAUGUUCAACAGCACAGAGGUGGCUUUGCUGAUGCAUCCUACUCCAGUUCCUGCACUGGAACCAAGAUCUGUAGACUCAGAUGCUACAAGUCUAAUAGAAUCUGAACUUUCCCCUUCAGACAGCAGGGAGGGACUGGCUACAGAAGGCAGAGAGCUGAAAUCAGAUUCUAGCUCAGAGAAGGAAAAUUGCAGCCCUGCAAAAUUCCAAGGUGAUAAUGGAAUUACAAAUACAGAUAUAACUGUGCCUGAGUUACAGGAUGGAAUAAUGAAAUCCCAGAGUGAAGGAUCUCUGACAGAAGGAGGUUUUCAUAGCCAAACCACUGGUGAAAGGGGUGCUGUAGAAGAAGCUCAUGAAGCUGAAGAAAUCCUUGGCGCAGAGAGACAGAAUGACAUUGGCAGCCUUUCCCAGAUGCCUCAAAUUCUUUCUUCCAGCUCAUCUUCCAUUGUUGAUCCUUUAGGUGGCAUGCAAAUCUCUACUAAUGAACAAGAAGAGAUGAUUCCUCUGAAGAACAUGGAGAUGGAAUUGUCUAGUGCAUUGAAUAUAACAAAAGGUGCCACCAAGGAAGCAUUGCAUGUGACUAUGGACCUCACCAAAGAAGCUAUGUCAAUAACAAAAGAUGCUUUCAGCUUCAGCAGGGAAAAGAUGGCUUCCACCAUGCAUAAAAUGCUGCUCCAUCCCCAAACCAAGGAUCCCACACCAAAGGCAGAGGAAGGGACACUGACUCCAGUGGGAGGUAGUAGUGGACGAAUGCGUUUCUUCACCAUGAAGAGGACUGCUUCUCAACAUUCCUUUGAUACCAGCUCACUUGAUGGCAGUUGUCCUGAAGACAGGCUGUCGGUGGACAGUGACGGCAGCGAUGGCUUUCUGAUGCUUAUGGACUCUGAGCCUAGUUUGGAUCCUCUUACCCUAGAACACCUUCCCCAGGCCCUUGAUGAUGCAGACAUCAGAGCAAGCCCAAUGGGAGAUGAGGAAAGAGGAUCAACAUAUAUCAACAGCACGGAAUCCCUGAGUGGACAGGACUCUAGCACCCAGCUGGUAUCUGUCCUGGUGUUGAAAAUGAAUGCAGUAAACUGUGUGAUAGAAACAAAAGGAGAUGAUAUGACAGUUGCCCUUCAGGUUAUGGAGCUAACGCCUGAGCACCUAGGAAAUAGGAAUAUGUGGCACUAUCUGCAAAGUGAUUCUAUGGGAGAUCCAAACUCAGAGAGGCCUGCAGCCACCGAAACAAAUCUGACUCACCCUGAAGUGUGUUUACGAUAUGAAAUAGGACCAAGUGCUAAAGUGCACUCACCUCUAGCUGUCCAGAAUGGAUUUUUUCACAUGCUGGUUCAUAGCUAUCACACAGAAUUGCUGACAUCCUGCCUUUCUAGCCUCGGACCUUUUCUUGAAGAUGAGGUGAUCCCUGAUGUUAUUCCCAUGAAGAUUGAACUUGUGGAUACAAAGAUUACAUUGAAAGAUGACAGUCCUCGAGUAUAUCCUACAUCUCCUGGCCCUGUCCCUAUAAUCUUAGCAGUGGGCCACAUCAUAGUUAGUUGUAACGAUGAUGGAGUGUUUGUUAUAACAGCUGCACAGGGGGAAGAAUCGUCUAUGCAGAAGAGCUUUCAGAAACACCCUAAGAAGCAGCGGAUCCCAAUAGAGAAAAUCUCUGGAGUUUCAGCAGGAACAUGUGAUGAACUACAGCUGAAAGAAGUGCCAGCUUUGGAAAGAGAGCUGCAAGCCACCAAAAAAGCUCUUGCAGAAGCCAAUCUGGACAAAGUACGCCUACUACAGGAAAUUAGGAAAUAUGAUCCGCUUUUCCAGCUUUGACAGCUGAAGCCUGGGCAAUGGAUGCUCAGGGAAAUCAGAGAUCACUACCAGCAUCAACAACACUUAUUUGUUGCACAGGAAUUAACUAGGCCAUCUUCAGUCCAGAGCUACAGCCUUGAGGAACAGAAACAGAGUGCCAUUACAGGAGAUGGAAGUGGAGGGACACCAGGAGAACACAUGGGAAUAAGAUGAUCGGAAGUAUUGGAUUUUUCAGCCAUAUACCUGUGUCUACAUGGAAUGAAAUUAUGCUCCAUCUAAAGUUUGGCAACAUUGAUUCUACAUGCUGCAGAGCCAAACAAGGAAGGACUACCUUGUCUAAAUUAUCUCAAAGUGGUGCUGACAACCUGCUAAUCUUUCUUACUGUAAUGUUUCCUUCCUGCAAGAAGUAGCAGGGAGUUUGGGGGGCAUGCUUGCAGUACGCCAGUGCAAUAAGGACAUUCUACUUAGCAGGGGCCUUGUUAGCCAUUGAAAAUAAAUAUCUUGGAAUUUCAUGCUGCAGCAUGAGCCUGAGACUUUAGAAAAGUGGGGUGGGAUGCAAUGCAGCCCUGGUACAGGAAAAAGAAAAGUUUGCUUAGAAAGAGAGCUUGGGUGGCCGCAAUCUUCCAUUAAUUAAUUUUCCUAUUCUCCUUUCCCAGUAAUGCUCUGCUAACAGAGUUUUGUAGUUGUCAGCCUUCCUGAUGUCUCUUCAUAAGCUCUGUCCACCACCACCAUUGCAUUGUUGUAGCAUCCCAACCCUUUCCCAGUGUAAGUUGUCAAAAAACUGCUUGCUGGAAAAAUGUCCUAAUUUUAUAAGUUAAAAAUGUUGGAAGCAUGUUUCUCCUUUCCAUGACACUACACUGGUAAUCUUGGAAAGGCUCAGAGAAAGUGAGUUCUGCUUGUUCCUUCCGGGUCAAUGCACUAUACUUCAGUGUCCAUUUGGUAAAUGAUGAACCACAAUCUUGCAAUGUUCUAUAAUACAGAUUAAUGCUGGUAGAAAGUAUUUUUAUGUAUGAGUGUAAAGCUGAAUAGACAACUCUUCCUUCUGUUUUUAUUUUUGUAUGAGAUUGGAUAAUUAUUUGGAAUUAAUGAAACAUAGUUCAGCUGGGGAACACAACUAGGCCAGUGCUAGCUUUCUUGGGUGUUUCCAUAACAAAGUUGUGUCCAAAAUACUUUGAGAGGUUUUCUUCAUAAAACAGCUGCAACAAUUAAGAUGUGAUGAACUAUAGUUAGAGAAAUGUUAAAAUGAAGGAGGAAAGAAAAUCACAAAAAUAAUCAAGGGACUCCAUCAUUCACUUCAUCAUUUUAAGCUAGUUCAAGAUAACUCCUCUCUCCCAUCAGUACUAGUUUUAGGCAAAUAAACACAGCCUGAUGAAACACUUAUCCCCACUCUCAUAUAUAACUAGCUAGAUAAUGUAGAUUACAGGAAUAAAAUGCUUACCAAACUAUAUGACAGCCUUCCCCAGCCUGGCACCUUUCAGAUGUUUUGGGCUUCAACUCACAUCAGCCCCACCCAGCAUGGUCAGUGGUUUGGAGUCCCAGGAGUUCAAAACAUCUGGAUAGUAUCAAGUUGAAAAAGGCUUCUACAUGAAAACCUUAUACUGAAUGUAGUUUAUUUAUAAUGACCCUUUAAAAUGAGAACUCAAAUGAAGUAACAAAACCUGUUAAUGCCAUCUAAUAACCUCUUUCUCUACUUAAAUUUUGUUUUGUUUUGUUCUUAUGGUUGAUAUUUUCAUUGCGUUUUUUUGUUUUUAAAAAGCUAGUUUCAGAAACUGACUGAGAAGGUUAUGGCUGAGAGGGAUCUACCCAUAAAGGUAGCCUAAAAUCAUUUAAAAUAAGAAAAAAUAUGUGUGGUUAUGCAUCCAGACCCCUAAGGAGCAUAUAAGAUCCACCAAUGUGGAAAAGACUGGUAGGAAUUACACUCUACUGAAAACAACCUACAGCACCUGACUAAUAGAAUUUUAAUGAACUCCACCUUUCUGUGGCUUAGUUGUGUCCAGAUGUCUAGGCAUUUUAUUUAUUUUCUGUGGUUGCAAAUUGAUGAUUUAUAUAUGUACUGCAUUCUAGCAACAAAAAGGAAGACAAGCAAUUCUUUUCAAACCAUAUAUACCUUGGUGCAUAUUGUAGGGCUGAGUUUCUUUCUGAAAAUAAUUGAUGUUUACUUUCUUCUCCUGAGUUCCAAACCAGUAAUCUUUCCACUAAAAUGUAGCUAUAACUAACUAUUGUCCUGAUGGUGAUGAGGUACAACUUUUAAAAAGGAUGAAUUUUAAAUAUUAAAUUUUGAGUGCUUAAAAUUAUGUUUGAGGUAAGAAUAGAUAUAGUUAUAAUUGGAGAAUGAGGAGAGUUAGUAAUUUUUUUAAAUCAACUGUCUUGCAUUAGGUGGGAAAGUAUGUACUACUGUACAUUUGAUUACUCAGAAUGGACAAUUUGUCAAAGGUAACUUUAAAAAAUAAUUUAAAAGCAUGGCAUUACAAAUAAGCAAAGUUAACUGCACUUGCCAUAAUAAGAGAAGAAUUCAAACUUCCAUAUUAGGGCAAAGUGUUUAUGUAACAGAAAGGUCACAAAAAUGUAGUUUUGAGUUCCCCAGAACUCUUCAUCAAAGCAAAAGUGCAGGGGAAGGAAGGAAAUAAGCUUACUGGUUUUAAAGCCAUGGAUACUGCAUUUAGUCAUGAUAUUAAAAUGUAAUAUAGGAGGAAGUUGCAAACAUUCAUGGCAGGGUGGUUUGUUUGUGUGUAAAGGAAUAGCAUAAAUUAUAACACAACAGAAGUAGAACCAUACGUAGUUUAGAUAUGCAGUUGUGUAAUGUUCCUAUAGAUAUUAAUGCAUUGCUUGUAGCAAAAUGGACUGUGCCAAAGGUAAUAUGCUGUAACCUAACAAGCAGCUGUUUUGCUUAAUUCAGGCCUUUCAACAGAUAACAUGUCAGAAUUGGUUAGUAUGUUAUAGCUAAUUUUUGUCUGGUAUUUGUUAAACAGUUUGUAGAUAAAGGUAAUGCCAGCCCCCAGCUGCAUCUGUAGAAUGCAUUUUUUAAUCUCUGACAUCUGCUUUUUUGCCUUGAACUGACUGCCUUGGAGCAGUUGCUAUGCGACCUUCACUAUGUGAAUCAGAGCAUCUUAAAAUAUUUUUUCUGAAGGAGAAAUGCAGGGUGGGGGGCGGGAUUGUCUUCAGUCUCAAAUAAUUUCCUAGCCCUUGAGGCUAGCACAGCACUGUUGAACUCCAGGAAGCUUUGCAGCUGUGCUGUGGUACUGUCACUUUCAUUAAUUCAGCAGUGGUGAUUUCGGCAUGUGUUGUAGCUUCUACUUGUUCAUUUCUGUGCAAUGAACUGCUGUUUCUGCCUUUUUCUUAGGGCAUUCCUUUUGCAGUAUCCUACGCAAACCCAGGCCAUGCUCUGGAAUAAACAUGAUUCCCUCUCUCCAUAUUGGAAAAUGCACCAGUGGGGCAGCCCUUUAAUGCAGUGGCAGGAGAAAACUUUGUAUCCAAAGAGUAAUGUGUUUUAAAGUUUGCACUUACAUAAUGAAUAGAACUGAGGUUUUGAAGUUUGGAAACAUAUAUGGAACAGAUGGUGCUGUUACUAUACAGUACUAAGAUGACACACCAAAUACACAUUUUGUGCAUUUUAUGUGAACAUAACAGCCAAGAUGCUGGCUGUUAGAUUUCUAUAUUAAGGCAGAGCUGUUGUUUUCCUAUCUGCAACUCUGAUGAAUUACCCCAAAAUACUGAUUCAAUACUAUUUAACUUUCUUUUGAACUCUGUAUAUCCUUUUUUUCCUUUCUGAGUGAGGCAAGAUGGUCUUAGCUACAUGUAUAGUCAUAUUCAAUACAGGUUCUCAUUGCUUUCUAUUCACUGAAUGCUGAAGAUUUCAUUUGUCUACUUUUCAUGCAAAAUGCAGCAUGUUACAGAGAAAGACUAGUGCACAAGAACUGUAUCUAGAGUAUUUAAUACACUGGAGUUUCUGUAUUUUGUUGUUAAAAUAAUUUUCUGGACAUUUCCAAUAUUAUUUAUUGGUCUUAAGUAAGGCAAAUUGUAGAGAAUAUACCUUUUGCCUCCACUGUAUGACAUGGCUUGUUUGGUUUUAAUUAUAGAGGCCUUGUUGUGGUAAGUACAAUCCAGAUGCUUCCCCUCUGUUAUGGACUGUUAUUCCUCCAAGAGGACAGCUGGAAUGAGGAGGAAACCCACUGAAGCUGAUAUGGCUAUGUCUGACUUCUCAACUACAUUAGUGUGGUUCUGUUUUUAAAUACACCUCCCCAGCCCACACACUCCCCAGCCCACAUUUUUUCUACUUUAUUUGUUAGAAAAAGUUAAAAGCAAAAAACUCCUUGUGUAAUGCCAUGACUUGAAGUAUUAAGUAAUUCUUAUUUAUUGUAAGGCUUUCCUAAUUUCUUAUGGCUGCUUUUGUAACUUUAAUUAGGAAUGCUAUGAAUACAGGAAGAGUACUGGGUAAAAGUAUGACUUGAAUUUAAGACUUCAACAGUAUUGGAUUAUUUUUGUUGCAGUAUAUCAUCUUCUAAGAUUGUAUUGGUUCUGUGAACCACUUUUAAUGUGGUAAAUUAAACUGCUUAGCCUCUGUU